CUUAAGGAGGAUCUAACUGCUACCUCUUAAACUCCCCCACAAAGCAAAGGUCAAUUGAAAGAAAAGCAUAAUGAUGAUAGCAAGAACAACCCUCCAUCAAAUGUCAUUGUCUAAGCUGCUAACCAAGAUCCCACAUCCAUGUUUACAGAACCGGGGAUCCAGAUGGGUGCUUCUUCACCAUUAUACACAAAAAUCUGAAACAAGCGUUGAGCCUGAAUUGGUUUCAGUUGGUAAAGCAGCAGAGCUCAUUCGGGAUGGCCAUAAGUAUUUGGAUGUUAGGACUUGUGAUGAAUUCAUUGCUGGACAUGUUUCAGGAUCUAUGAAUGUUCCUUAUAUGUUCAGGAGUUGGACAGGUAUUUUCAAGAUUUGGAGAAGAUAAUGGCAAUAAGCCUUUACAUGAGAGAAACCCAAAUUCAUAUAACUCUAAUAACAGAGAAAUUUAUGCAAAAUAAAG